AUGCUGCAGCGGCUCAAGGAGGAGCCCCGGUCCUUUCUGGGGAGGUACUGCGGCCUCUACCGCGUGAGCAUGGAGGGCGAGCCCUCCAGACUCUUCUUCGUGAUGCGCUCGGUGACGACGCACUCGCUUGGCAUCUCUCACACGUAUGACAUCAAGGGCAGCCUGCGGCACCGCUUCGCUGAUCCGGACGAGUCCGUAGGCAAGGACCUGAACUUUGACCAGGAGCUGGGCCCUUCCUUGGGCUUGCCGGCGGCGGUGGCGCGGGAGGUGGCGGAGGUGCACCAGACAGACGUGGAGCUGCUGCAGGAGUUCCGGAUCAUGGACUUCAGCCUGCUGCUGCAGAUCCAUGACACCCAGGGCACCUUCCAGGAGCAGCGGCAGCAGUGCAGUGUCCAGCUCACGCGGAAGCGGCCGCGGCGCCUGAGCCUGGCCGCCUUGAGCUGGAAGAAGCGCAGCCCCAAGCACGCGAAAGCGGCGGGAUUCCAGGCAGCACCCCGUGAGGUCAAGGUGCGGGCCGGCUCCCAUCCGGGCUGGACUUGGCAAGGCACCGGCAUGGCCCCCCAGAUGUCGAUGUCCAACUGGUCCGCCAGCGACGGCUCCUUGAAGGGCCGCGACGGCUCUUUGCUGUACUCUAUGGGCCUGAUAGACAUGCUGGUUCCUUUCAGCGCGUAUCCCAAGAUGCAGUACGUGGGCAUGGAGGUGAUCACUUGUGGCCGCGGCACUGAGAGCAGCCGCGUGCCACCGGACUUCUACUGCCCGGGCAUUCCAGAAUUCUGGGGAUGUGUCUUGGGGGACACCAAUUCCUAG